AUGACUCAGAACUAUAGAGCACUGCAACAACACUUGGAAGACCUAGUAGCAGCUGGGCACCUUCGGGAUUACAUUGAUCAGGAUAAGGAAGUGACCGAACCAGGGAACCCACUACCAGAACCAAAUAUUGAGCAUCCACCUCGGCUGAUAAUAAAUGUGAUACACGGGACGGCGACUCAGGAACUUGAGGAGACACUGAGAGAAGAGAUUGCUAAGGCUGUGCAAAUCCAACAAGUCAUGUCAGUGGAGCCCGCAUCGAAAAAGGUACGCGCGGUAUCCAAAUCCCCCUUAUGCACUGUUUCAUUUACUAGAAAGGAUUUAGAGGACAUACAACACCCACAUACUGAUGCACUGAUUAUAAAUGUGGGAAUUGGGAAACGAUUUGAUGUAAAACGAGUCCUGGUAGAUCAAGGUAGUGCAGCAGAUGUAUUGUAUUAUGAUUUGUUCAGAAAGUUUGGCCUCUCCGAGCCGCACCUCACCCCAGCGGCAGCCCCAUUGGUCGGUUUCAAUUCACAGCCAGAAUGGCCGCUUGGCAGAAUAGUGUUGCCAGUCGUGGCGGGAACAAAAACCCUCCAGAUAGAGUUCUUGGUUAUUAAUACACCAUCCCCUUACAAUGCCAUACUUGGUCGUCCGUGGAUUCAUCAAAUGGAGGCAAUCCUUUCAACCUUCCACCAGCUCAUCUGUUUCCCAACAGAACAUGGAGUAGAGCAGAUCUCAGGGGAUCAAGUUGCAUCCAAACAUUGCUUCAUAGCAGCAUUAAAAGAAAAACAGCUCUACAAUCGGGUACAGACAGUAGAAGUGGCCGAACAGCCAGUCUUGGAAGAUGUAGGGGGAGCUCCAGAGGAAAAAAUAGUAGAGGAAUUGGAGAGAGUCCUGGUAAAAGAGGAUGACCCAGAAAAGUACUUCCUUAUCGGGUUGGACCCAGAAUUUGCUUCAGCUCGGCCCAUUGUGCAGAAAAGCCGGAGAUCCUCAGUUGAUCACACCGAAGCAGUAAUUGCCGAAGUCGAAAAACUCUUGGCUUCAGGAGCAAUCAGAGAAGUUCACUUUCCUCUGCCUUGCAUUGAUCAACUAGUAGACUCAACAGCAGGGCAUGAGCGCAUGAGCUUUCUGGACGCUUAUAGCGGUUAUCAUCAGAUAUCACUGUUCGGUCCGGAUCAAGAAAAGACAACAUUUAUCACUCCGAGAGGAACUUACUGCUAUAAAGUGAUGUCGUUCGGCCUCAAGAACGCCGGAGCAACCUACCAGCGGAUGGUCACUCGGAUGUUCAAAGACCAACUGGGAAAAACCAUGGAAGCUUAUAUAGAUGAUAUGGUAGUCAAGAGCAAGUUCGCUACAGACCAUCUUACAGACUUGAGAGAAGUUUUCGACAUCUUAAAAAACCAUCAGCUUCGCCUCAAUGCCUCAAAAUGCACUUUUGGGGUAGGAACAGGGAAGUUCUUGGGGUAUAUGGUCACUCACAGAGGAAUUGAGGCGAAUUCGGACCAAAUAAAAGCAAUACAAGAUCUUGAAGUACCAACAAAGGCUAAGGAGCUGUAG